GUGCAGUGAGAAACUUUCGAGCAGCAGCUAAGAAAAAUAAUAUACUCUUUUUCAACAUGAAUUCAUUGGCAAUGAUUUUGUGCGUUCUCGUGGCAGCGACUGCGACAAUAGCAGCACCGCCACCCGGUGCUGUAGAUGACAGCGUGUUAGCUAAAUCUCUCAACCAAAUUCCUGUUGUCAGACAAGCUCUAGACGGGCCCAACCCCGAUGGUUCCUAUAACUACAGCUACGAAACCGGUAACGGUAUCCAAGCUCAGGAAGAGGGUCACCUUAAUAAUGUGGGCACCGACCAGGAGGCCCUAGAAGCGCGAGGCAGCUACAGCUACACUGAUAACGAGGGUAACACCUUCCAGAUCUCGUAUGUAGCCAAUGAAAACGGAUUCCAGCCGGAAGGUGCUCAUUUGCCUCAGGUACCGCCACUAAUCAAGAAGGCCCUUCAAUACAUUGCCGAACAUCCCGAGGAAAACGAAGAAUAACAGAAUGACAGAAAUAUGGAAAAAAUCGGCAAAUCGUAGGCGAGUCUUGACAAGAUGACAAAUCGGAAAAAACCUAGCGCGGACGCGGUUGCGAUCGCUUUAAGGAUUGAUCCUUGUGGAGACCGACAAUCUCGAGACACGGCUAUUCGCGUCGUGAUUAUUUUUGUAUUUGUAUAAUAUUAUUAAUAAAUUUAUAUAAUAUUUGCAUAUAAUAUUAUUAAUUUCAUACCAUCGAUAAAUGCAUUGUAAAUCUUGUAACAUGAUCGUGUUAAUAUUUGGAUAAUAUUCAAUUAAUUCUUAAUGCACAUUAUUUUUCCUUUCUUUUCCCAAUGACGGGAUUUAUAAUAUUGUCCUGUCGGAUCUUAAAUGGAUAAAUUCACGUUUUUUUAUUAAAUUUAAAUUUAGCUGACUUUUUGUGAUCUUACGCUUAUAAUCUCGAUUUAAAAUCUUGCCAAGGCGAUCAAGUUUUACAUGUGUAUACGUGCAUGCGUCUUCGGCUCAUCAAUUGUGGUUUAUUGAAAUAAGGAAAAUGACAAGGAGAGAAAAGAGCCUAAGGUGUUUUAAAAAUUUCCGAGAUCUUCAAAUGGCAGCUAUAUAUAAAGCUAGCACGGCAAUGUUAAGUUAGUAUAAUAAAAAAUCUCCGAUCUGUAGCUAGAAAAAUAGUAUAUCUUUCUUCGAUAUGAAUUCAUUAGGGAGUCCAAUUUUUUGUAUGAAUAAAACGCGUGUCACAAGAUCUAUAUACGCUGAA